ACAUGGAUAUGAUUGUGUGAUAGAAGUGACGAUAAUGUAUUCGUGUGUGAUUAUCUGGUGUAUGUGCUACAUUGGAGUCGUCUAUGGUUCAGCAAAUUCACUAAAAGAUCCGUUCAUUUGUGGACCGCCAUCAUGUGCACAAUCUGAGAAAUUCAAAUACCUGUCUGAUAUUGUUUAUACCUAUGAAUACAGAGUUAAUGUUGAAACAUUAUUUGCUGGCUCGAGCAACAACAGGUCUACACUUGAUAUUAAAGCACAGACCUCAAUACUAUUUAUAAAGCCGUGUGAAGGACUGCUUCAGCUCAGAGACGUAACUCUGAUCGAUCAAGACGAGUAUUACCCUGUUGAUCGUGCGGAGAAAUUCAUAGGCGCCGUCUCAUCGUAUGACCUAAGGUUUGCCUUCCACGAUGGUCUUAUCACGGAGAUUUGUCCGGACGAAAAGGAAGAAGACUGGGUGCUCAACUUCAAGAGAGCCAUAUUGGCACUGCUACAAAACACCAUGAAGAGGUUCGAUAUCGACUUCAAGGGCGUCGAGCAAGACAUACACGGAACUUGCAACGUCGACUACUCCGUCCGGGGCCAAGAAGACACCAGCCUCAUUCUGGUGAAGAGACGGGAUCUAUCAGAGUGCACGAACCGAUAUAAAUACAUGUCAAUACUGCAGACAGUCAGAUACGACUUUCAGAGCAAAUUUCAAACAUGGCCCGUUUUGAAAUCUGAAAGCAAAUGUCGCAUAUCGAUCGACCAUCACGUUUACAAAGCGGUGAAUUGUCGAGAGAGGCACCUCUUCGAACCGUUCUCGGGCAAGAACUCCGGAGCUAUGACCACAGUGGUACAGGACUUGGUGCUUAUUAGUGAGAUAAAUAAGAGCGACUUUCAAAUAAUCGCUGCUGCACCUAAGACUUGGGCCGAGAUACACAAGCGUUCUAAUUUGCUACACCACCACACUACGUAUAUAGGAGACGACAGCAUAGGUCUAAGGAAUGCCAGGGAAUUGCUCAAGUUAUUAUGCUUAGUGAAAGAGACGGGCGACGAGAACUCGCAGCCGAGCGUGGAUGUGAACAUGGACAGCAGCUCGACUGUGGGGCUGUGGGGUCGGUUCGUGCGCGCCGCCCGACCCUUGGACUUCCCCUCGCUCUCGCAGCUGCUGGCUCGAGCUCCCACCAUGUGUGAGAUAGCCACAAAACACAUGCUGGACGCUCUACCGUAUAUCGCCAGCACCGGCUCAGUGGAGCUCAUCAAGAACAUGAUAACAGAAGCCGCUAUCGACACCGAGACCAGACACGAGUGGCUAAUGUCCAUGGCAAUGAUACCGAGACCGAAGCUAUCGAUGUUGGAGAGUAUGUUGGAAUUGAUCAAAAAAUACAAGAACGAUAAGGUGGUUAGUUUCACGGUCUCAUCCAUGGUCCACUCCUACUGCAAGCACAGCGGGAAGUCGUUGCGCGAAUGCUGCGAGGAGGAAACGCCGAAUAAGAUUCUAGAAAUAUUCCAAAAUAUAGUGAAGGAGAUAUCUAAGAAAGGUGCGAUCAAGACCCGACAAGAUAGGGAUAAUAUCGUGAUAGCAAUAAAGGCUCUCGGUAACAUCGGUGGUUUCAAACUAGAAUUCGCCGAUGUAUUGAUGAGUAUCAUUGGCGACUCCUAUCUGCCUGUACCCAUACGAUUGACGGCCAUUGACGCGUUCAGGAGGACGCCUUGUGCGGAAACACGCGAAUAUUUCUUGGAGACGUACCGCGAGGACUUCGUGAACAUCGAAGUCCGUAUAGCUUCUUACAUCCAGGUGAUGCGCUGCCCGGACCUGACCACCGUGAGGACGAUAUUCCACGCGCUGCGCCACGAGCCGGUUAACCAGGCGGCCACAUUCGUGUGGAGUCACCUGAAGAACCUGGGCCAGUCGUCACUCCCGUCCAGGGUGGAGAUCCAGGGUCUGCUGUCCGGGAACACCAUGCCGCAGCUAGAGGACAGCCCCGACUUCAGAAUGUUCUCGAAGAACUACGAGCAGAGCGUCUUCUUCGACCAAUACAACGCUGGUGGAAACUACGAAGCCAAUGUGGUGUUCUCACCGGACUCUUACAUCCCAAGGUCGCUGUCGCUCAAUCUGACUGUCGAUAUGUUUGGCGAGUCGAUCAACGUUUUCGAGAUGAAGGCCCGCGCCGAAGGCUUCGAAUCGUACUUCGAGAACUACUUCAGCCGAAACGGACCGUUCAGCAAGAGCAACAUCAUGGAAAAGAUCAACAGCAUGCGUUUCGCGCGUUCGCUAAACGACACUGAGGACGUGAGAAGCAAGAUCGACGACUUGGGCUACGAGAACGAAGCUCUCAAACACAGGCUCCCCCUGGCUGAGCUCGGGAUCAAGGUCUUCGGUAACGAGAUAUCGUACUGGAGCGCCGAGGGUGACGACGAGAUACGUAAGUCUCUGGCGAGGCUGAACCCGGAGUUGAGGAUCAUGGAGAUCUUGUCCGGAAAGGAAAUUUCGUACAACAAAGCGUCGUUGUUCUUAGACACGACCUACUCGGUGCCGACCGGGUGCGGUCUGCCUCUGAACAUGAAUUUAAUGGGAACGAGCUACGUCAAUACCAGGAUGUCGGGUACAGUCGAGUACAAAAAUUCGCGAUCCGGUAACUUGGACUUCGAGGGGAAACUGAGGCCGAGUGUGGCUGUGAACGUGGCUGCCACCAUGAGCGUCGUGGCUGGAGGGCUCAGCUCGAGCGGGAUCCGCGUCAACUGGCGCCUGUACACCGCCACCGCGGUCGAGGCCCGGCUCUCCGUGCGCGGCCUGGGGCUGCUCAGACUGCACCUCUCCCUGCCCAUCGACAAGCAAGAGAUCUUUGCUGCCAAGUCGGAAUUGAUAAUACUACACGGCGACAAAGAAAUACAGCAAGGUGGAUUGAACAAGAACAGAAUAGAACAGAACACUUGCAGUUGGUCAACUUUUGAUAACGCUGUAGGGAUCAAAGUAUGCGCAUCCUAUCAGUUCCCAAAUAUGACAAAUUUAAGAGACGCACCAUACUUCCUAAUGAGUGGACCGGCCAAAUACAUUAUGUCCUUAGAAAAAGCCGAUCCGUCAGCUAAAACAUAUGCCCUUGAAUACAAGUGGGAUAGGAAUAGUACAAAUGACGUCAUAAGUUUCUCAUUCGAUACUCCUGAUAGUCAAGAAAAGCGAAUGAUUAAUGCAGCUUUAAGCUUAUCGAACACGUCGAGUACGGCGGUGCUGUCGUUCCAGUCGGCCAAAAGCACAUUAAAAGCUCAGGCCCUGUACAGGAACCAGCAAUACGAUAAGUCAUUAGAGGCGAGCUUAGACGUGGACGGGCGGAAACAGUUCGACACUAAAAUGUCGGUGAAGCGUUACAACAUCAAGAACGGCUACGUUUGGAUACCGAACGCGUACUGGGUCGUCGACAACGAUCGCGUCGCAGAACUGUCUGGCGUCUUCAAAGUCAAAUCUAAAGGCGGCGUGUCCCAGUGCGACAUAACAGUGGACUUCCAAACGAAACAGCUGGCCAGUCGCCUCACUGGCUACUACAUACUGAACGGACCCACGCACGGCGCCAACCUCAGACUUGACUACCGGUUCAACAAGAACUCGAACCAGACGAUCAAAAUGGAGGGCCUUUUCACGGAGAAAGCAGCCGGUUACAGACACGACAUUUACGCGGAAGUCGAAAUGCAAUUCACCGCCUAUCCCGUAUACAAUUUUUAUUCGGUCUUCAAGAACGUUAAAACUCAAAGUCACGUCGACAUUGGCUUCAACGUGAGCUCGUCGAAGAAAGAGAAGGAAGAUCCAUCGUUUAUGCUAAAGUUCAUUCGAGUGGAUAAGCCCAAUGGUGUUAAAAUCGAUACUGGACUCAAUUUACGCCGACCGAAGACUAUUGAUGUUAAAUUUCAAUUCGAAGGGAUCGGACCGAAGUAUACGACUUUAGCGCUUUUGAACUUCAAUCCCAAAUCAAGGGAGAUACUCAUAUCGGGAUACCUGUUCCUACCCCCCGGGGCUCAACUGUAUCUGGACUCGGAAUUGAACAUGACCCUGCCCACGCUGCAUCCUUGCAACAUCAAAACGAAAGUUCACGAGAAACAACCUAAUGAAUACCAGGUGAAUUCUGUUGGCAUAUGGUUCACGGGCGUCGACUUCAACGUAGACGCCCUGUACCAGGACCAGUCCAAGACCAACAUGGCGUCGCAUCGUCUGAAAGCGAUGAUAAACAGCAACCACUUCAAGAACAUAGCCGUCGACGGGCGAUUCACUCAGGACAACCGACAAGUCACUUUUAUAGGAGUGGGUGAAUACAACGGGGACAUCUACAGAACCCUAAUACGUCACGUCGUGCUGUCGGAACAGAAUUUCACGACGUACGCCGAAUUGGACGUUAACGAGAAGGCAUACAGUUUCGAUUUGAAUGCCGAUUUGAACAACAACACAAGCGUCAAUCUGGACAUACACAUCGACGACUUAAGGGACGUCCAGAUCUCGUACCACCGCUGGCUGUACGAUCACCAGAAGCGGCUGAGCGUGGCCGUGAACUGGGACGCUAACCGGAACCCAUCUCAGAAGGUCAGCGUCGACGUGCAGCUCGACAACAAGGGGCCCUGGCACCACGCCGCCCACCUGUCCUUGUACUACCCGGGCAGGAUGGUUACCGGCGAACUCGAAGUCCUGCUCAGAGAUUGGUUCUGUCAAUGGCACGUCCGCAUGGGCUGGGCUCACGACGCCAACAUCCUGUGGAGGGUGAAGAUGUACUCCGAAGCGAAGAAUGAGACUGUCUACGCGCUGCUGUCCAGCCUGAGCACGCCCUUCAAUGGCUGGAGGGACACCAGCUUCAACGUUAUGUGGCGCUACCACGACAACCUCCAGGCCAUCAACGGUAGCAUGAACUGGCAAGAAGACUACCUAUCCUUCAACCUGCUGGCCGACUAUCUGUUCAAAACGAACGAAUUCUACGGGGAAAUAAACGCGGUCGUGAACUCGACUAUACCGACCCUACCCAAAGCGGCCGCCAUCGCCAAACACAGAGUUAUCUGGAAGAAGAGUGCUGACACGUUGCUAAGUUUUCAGUAUAACGAAGAAGGUAAACUUAUGAUCAAUUCGUCAUGGACCCUCGACAAGGGAGAGAAGCAGACCAACGUCACCGGCCGAGUCACACUGCUCACGCCCUUCCAAGGCUACACAAAGGGCUUCCUCCGCACCGAAUUCUUAUUUGGACACAAACGCGAUAUCCACGGAAUCACGUAUCUGGACCUAGAGGAGAAAGUCCUGAAAAUAUACGUAAACGGUCACAUGAGGAGGAUCACGAACUGCAUGCUGGUGGUCAACGUGACCAGCCCCACCACGGAGCUGUCGCAGACGACGGCCAGGUUCGGCUUCGUUGAGGCGGACAGGCAUUUGGUCGCUAUCGUGGUCACACCGAAUAGUACCACCGGUAUCGAAGUUUUCUUGAAACUCCUGUCGCUGCAAGAUUUCCACGUAUUUGGGCACGUCGCACUCCCCAUACAGUACUUAAACAGAGCCAUGGUCACCGCGAAGAGAGCUCCGCAAGAGGUCGAUUUCCGAGUGGGAUGGAACAAGAUGGACUUUGGUUUCACGGCAAUAUGGCACUGGAGGGCGAUCGUCGAUUUUGUAUAUCUGUACAAACUUUACACACCGUUGGAGGGUUUCGAAGAGAACGGAUUGGUAUUCAAGAACAUAUACGGCAACGGACUGGAUACAGAACUAUCGAUUCGUCUGUCGAAACACAAGUUCGGCAUAGCGAUCCUGCUAAAGGACAACGGCAAGGGCUUAGUGGACGUCCUAAAGGACAAGAUUCAAAACAAAUUCGACAUGAACUCCGACGUGUUCUUGGAAGACUUCGACACGACCGCCAGGGUGGUGGUCGACACUCUGUACUACCCAACGAUAACAUUCCACUCGCACAUCACUAAGUUUGUGGGGCCGGAGGAGGAGGAGAUCGUCCAGGCAAACGCAACGCUCCAUCUACCGGAUAAACCGCCUAUCGUCUUAACCGACGUAUUCGUACUAGAGACGUACACGACAAUGAGGAACACGCUCAACCUGAUAACUCCGUUCGAGGCCGUCAGAGAGUUGAAGUCCCUGUACACGGUGGACAUCAUCCUGGGCGAGAGGUUCAACGUCACUUGCCUGGUCCUGCUCUACAACGGAACAUACUGGCACGAGAUAUCAUACAAGAUAUAUUACGAGUUCGAGGAGGGCGAGGACGCGACGUACCGCUCGUACGUGGCGUCGGUCGGUAUAGCGACGCCGCUAGCCGUGCUGCCGGCGCUCGAGAGCCGCGUGUCGGCCAGGCUCGAGGACGCGCUGUGGAAGAUGUCCGCGGACAUAUCCAUGCCCUCAUUCACCAUCAACGCGCUGGCGAACCUUGAGCUGGACGACCCCUUCGUGGAGACUUCGGGAAGUUUGAAUUUAACAUCCGUCUACUUAGAGGACUACUUCAUCAAAAUGGAAUUCAAGAAGGAUUUGUCUGACGUCGAGAACAUGAUCGCUGGUGGGAUACAGAUCCAGCAGGGCGAUCAGAAUAAUUACCUAUUCGCAGACGCGAUAUGGGGUCCGCCCCCCCAACGUCACGUCCGCUUCAAGUCCCGUUUCGCGCUGCCCCCGGUGCUGGCGCCGUCCGAGCUGAGCUUCCUGUACGGCGAGGCGCAGACCGGCCGCUCGCUGACCGUGGACUUCAGCAUCGAGAACGCCACGUACUCGCUGAAGGGAGACCAGCGCCCCACGUCCUUGAGCGUGGCUAUGAGCACGCCCCACAGAGGCUUCAGGGCCAUGAAAGUGAUAGGAGAGUUCCAGGACGAUGACGUAGUUGGCUCAAUUGUGACCGAUGCGAAGGAGUACAGUAUCACCGGGAAGGUGCUGAGUCGAAAUCCUUUAGAUCUAUCUCUGUCACUCGUGCCGAAAGGACAAGGCGACACGAUCAAUGCCCGUAUCAAAUUGGAGUCCACAAACACGGCUCGGACUAUAACGGCGCAUAUCAACGGUCCUGUAGUCUGCACGGUGUUCGCCAGAGCUGAAAUAGUGGACGCUUACAGCGAUAUCAACUUUAAGGUCAGCCUCCCAAAAAAUAAGAACAAAGAGAUAUACUUCAAGUCCCGGGUGGAUCACUACCCUGGAUUGCGGAAGGUGGUAAGCGUGCAGGCGGCUACGCCCCUCGAGAAACUCAGUUUUCUGAAGGCAGACACGGAUUUCGUUUUUGGCCCUAAAACUGGAUACUUGAUUUGUAAGUUCGACUUCCCCGACAUGAAGGGCGCGGGAGACUUGAAAUGGAGCUUCCUACUAAACGAUUUGUUUAUCAAGGGGUUAGGACAUCAGAACGUACAGGACAUACAGAAGAGCGUUGACCUGGAUAUCUACUACGGCAACCGGACCGGUGCCGAUCAACUGCCCAGAACCGACGCUGGCUUCAGAAUGGAUCUGGAUCACAUAUGGCAGAUCGGCGCUAACGCGUCCGUCGGCUUCGUGAUGAACAAACGCAUCAGCGUGGUGCUGAACGUCAUACUUCCGAAGCCGAACGUGGAUGUGCACACGCUGUGCGUCGACGGCGACCUGGGCGGCGACCAGAGCCCGAUCAAGACUAUAGACGCCAAGUACAAGACUGACGUCACCAAGAUCCUGACCGCCAUAAAAGGAAACCUGAUACAACUACCGGAAAGCUUCGAAUCGAAUUCGACUGUGACUUGGACGUCGGGCGCCGAGUACAAGAACAUAGAGAACUACAUAGACCACAAGUGGGACAUUAACGGUUCCCACUUCAUAGACUACACUCUAGUGACGCCGCUCUACGAGAACGACUCUACGUUCAAGGUCAAGGGAUCCUACCAGAGGGAUUUGGUGCACAAAUUGGAGAUUGUCAAAGGCCACAUGCACAAGCCUGGUGCAUCCCAGAUCGGCGAGAUGGACGUGCGUUACGGCGGCGUGAAACACACAGACGGAUACUUCAACUUCACGACGCCCUUCCAGAAACUGAAAUGGCUCAAAUCUAUAUUUGACAUCAACAAUAUAGAGGAGCAUUCCGACAACAAAGUGAACUUGUAUUGGCCGAACAAGACAGCGUCCGUGAACACGACCCACCAGUACUCGAAGGACGCGGGCGGGUUCAAGCAGACCGGACAAAUAGCUCUGUCCGUUCCGCUCAGCACCCAGCACUUGGUCAACACCGAGUAUUAUUACCUGCAAGGAGACAAGUCUAGUAACGGUAACGCGACCGUCGAUCUGGACGGGGAUCGGUUCGUGAAGGGCUCCUUCAAACAAAUCCUCAGUAAAAGCGAAAGGAAUUUGGACCUUGCCACGACGGACAUAGAGGUCGAAAACGUACACACGCCGGUCGGCGUUAAGUACAUACACGAAUACGACGAAACCGGGAAAGUUGACGUAAAGCAAGCGACCGUGUUCCACCUGCACAACGCGACCAAGUUCAACGUGACUGGGAAGCUGGACGUGCUCACGUACGACACUGGCAAGGACCUGAGGCUCACCGCCGUCCACGGCGCCCGCACCUGGACCUUCGACAACCACUACGAGGCCUUCGACAAGGAGCUCAAGCAGGGCAGCAAGAUCAAAUGGAUCGAAGACUACUGGAUCAACUAUGACAUCCACGUCACUAAUAUGACGACGGCGGACACCGAAUCGCAGCAACUCGUGAUGAAUGUUUACUAUCCAUUGCGGACCUUCAACCUGGUGGCGGUAUACAACUUGCAAGACACCCUGCUCGAUGGUAAAGCACAACUGAACUGGGACGUGAAAGCUGAGAACAAAACGGCUGAAUUGAGAGGCAGGUGGGAGAACCCCCCCAUAAAAGAGGGGAACAUGCAUAACAUCGAUUUGAUACUAUCGCAUCCUUCGUUCAGGAAGGACGUGAACUUGAAAGCUCAGUACUCGAGCACGCCGGCAGUGAUGUCGAACGUGUCGCUAGAGCUGCAAUACUCGGACAUAGAGAGCGAAUAUCUAAAAUUAAAAUCGAUUCUAACCGAUAACUCGAAUGGUCCGAUACGCGAUUACUCAUUCGCGCUGACCUGCACGCACCCCUCCACGUACCUAGACCUGGACAUGAAGUCCGACGUGAACAUACACAGCAAGUGGUAUUACUUCUACAACUACUACAGGUUCCAGAAGUCGCUGUAUUACGAGAAGAUAAGGCAGAGCAAGCUCGUGGUGGACACCACGAAGAGCUUCGUCAAUUGGGAGCGCACCAACGAGACGUACUUCUACAGAGUGAACGGCACUUGGGACCUCACGUAUCCGGACUACACGAUAAAGUCAUUCAUACAUCGCACCACCGGCAACGACACCGGUCUGGCCGUGCUCUCAAUGAAAGACAAGUCCUUGGUCGCCCAUCUGAAUAGUACUGACGACAUAUCGUACCAUCUAGUUGGUAACAUUGUAAACACGAGAUCAGCGAAAUUAGACGCGUGGCGCGACUUCGAUGACGUCACAACCGUAGACCUGGCUUCGUAUAUCCGCCUCAACCACUCCCGCCUGCUGACCAGCUCGCUGGUGUGGCGGCCGCAGAUCUUCAGCGAAGUUAAAGCUCAAGCGGUCUCCACGCUGAAGCUUUUAUACGGCCAAAUAAACGACAGUCUGGUCAUAUUGAAAGAAGCGCCCAUGGAAGCUCACUUGGCGCUCAAAGCGAUAUGGGCAGACGCCAGACCUAGGAUCGGUGAUUUCUUGCACGAUUUAGACGACCUGCAAGUGAUCAAAGACGAUUUAGACGACUUUGAAACAUUCUUAAACGAAUCAUAUAGUAAAAAUGAUUUUUACGUGAAAGACAUAGUCGAGUUUACUUACUACGUGCUAGACGAGAUGGCCAUAAGGAAUCACUUGGAGAGUCUGCCCGGCAUAGUUAACGACAUGUGGGGGAUGAUGGGCAACACCAGUCAGUCCAUCAAGCAGAGUCUGACAUACGUGGUCGACACUAUAAAACACGCCUACGCGAAUUUCUUGGAGUCCGUGAACAAGGCUUUGGAGGCAGAUUUUAUGGAACUGGUGUCGGAGCGACUCGAAGCCAUGAUAUUACAGUACGAUAACUUCAUCAGGGACCUCCACAUGAAAUUGUUGGAGUAUUGGGAGGAGACUUGGGUGAACGCGACCAAUCGUUUGACCAAAUAUUGGCACGAGCUACUCAAGUCUAUUGAGCCGCUGUUCUUCAAGAUCCUGCAUUACAGCGAGUCGUUCGUUUUCACGGUGUGGAAGAGUUUGAUGGACUUCUUUUACAAUCGCACCCAGGAAUUGACGGAUUCGCCGUAUUUCAACUAUGUUUCAACGUUUGGUCAUGAAAUGGACAAAAUCUACAAGGACCUGGUGAAUAACGACUUGAUAACUAACAUAAAGAAGUACAGCAAGAAACUGUGGGAUGCUGUCUGGACCAAGAUAGAGAAAUACAUCCCGUUCAAAGACGAGAUAGUGCAGCUUUACAACGAAUUCAAGGACAGCUGGCAGGACUUCCUCAAGACUCCGCAGGUCGUCUACGUCAGGGAGAAGUACCAAGAAGCCUACGUCCGUCUGAAGUGGUGGUACGACUACUUCCUGAUCGGCGAAGCCUUGAACACGAUCGGCGAAAUCAUCUACGUGAAGCUCACGGACUUGGCGAAGACUGCACUGCAGUACGAAGAACUGCACCGUACGCCCAAAACAAACUUCAUAUUCGAUCCCCGAGUGGGGGAGAUCGUCCUCGAGCAGAAGCUGCCGAUGUCCUGGCACGCCUUCAACAGCUCGCCGGACUUCACCGAGAUAUCCGAGUACAAGACCGUCCGCGACUUCUUCGACGAGUGGCUCACCACCAACAAGAGCAUCUGGUCCUACUACUACGAGAUAAGGCCGUACAUGGACCUCAACAACUUGAUGCCGCCUUUCCCUGGUAUAGCAAUGAUGACGGAACAAGGCGCCCUGGUCACUUACGACAAGCAAGUGUUCACGGUGUCCGAGCGCGGCGUGUUCCUGCUCACGAAGGACUACAGGCGCGACAACUUCACCGUGCUCAUGGCUUCCAACGACAGAGGCACAUACGACCUCGUGCUCGUGACCAGAACGAAACUGGUCUACAUUGAUCUUUCUAAAGAGCAAGUGACGGUGAGCGACACGGUGCUGAGUCUGCCGGCCUCGGUCGAGGGUCUGGUGAUAGACCGGCAGAUGGAGACCCUGAGCGUGCGCGGAGACAGCGGUCUCGACGUGCAGUGCAACCUGCGCUUCAAGUCCUGCAAGCUGGGUGUCGAAGGUUGGUUCUACGCGACCCUGGGCGGGUUGCUGGGAACGUACAACAACGAGCAGUACGACGACCUGCAACUGCCGAACAACAGCUUCGCGACCAGCGUCGGCGCGCUGGCGACGGCGUGGCGCCUCGGGCCCGCGCCCCCCGCCCCCGCGCCGCUCCCCGCACCCCCCACCCCGCACAACGAGACGCAAUGCGAGAAGUUCUUCCAGAAUAAAGUUUCGCCUUUCCAUCCCUGUUUCUCUGUGAUCAAAGCGGCGCCGUUCUACUCAGAGUGCCAGGCGGGCGUGGAGGCGUGCGCGCUCGCCAGCGCGUACCUGGAACUGUGCACGCAGCAACACGUGCCCACGCACAUGCCGGACCACUGCAACCAGUGCACGACCCCGCACGGUGACGUCAUAGACGAAGGGUCCUUCUACACGCUGGAAAACGUGCCGGAGUCGACGGACGUGGUGUUCAUAAUCGAAGCGCAGGUCUGCAACAAGAACGUGAGGAAAACGAAGAAUCUGGAUCUCUUCCUGGAGACCUUCGACAUACAACUGCAGGCCGGCGGCCUCACCGACAACCGGUACGCGGUGGUCGGGUUCGGCGGGCGCGGCGUCUACAGACAGCCGAGGGCGGUGUACGUCAACAACAAAGUGUUCACUGACCCAAUAGAAAUAUCGUCGCACUUCGACACUUUCCAAAUCGAUAAGUUAGAUUUGGCGCGCCCGAACAAGACCGUCAAGGCGGAUAUGUUCAGCGCCUUGAACUUCGCAACGAAGCUGCCGUUCCGGCCCGGCGUUCCGCGCACCUUCCUGCUGAUGCCCUGCACCAGAUGCGACUCGCAGUUCAUGAGGUUGGACUACUCAUCGAUGUAUCAAAGUUUGAUGGAGAAUUCAGUGACGCUUCAUAUCUUAAUGGAUGACGACUUCACGCUAUCGAAGAAAAGGGCAUCCAAAUAUUUGUUCGGUGUGGACAGCACGCUGGCUUAUACGAACAAGGAUUACGAGAAGCUGGUCGGAGACGCAGCUCUCAGGAAACAAGUAAAAUUGCCGAAAGACAAACUGGGACUGUGCAUCUCCCUUGCUAUGGAAACGAAUGGUACGAUCCUGGCGGGCACGAAGCUGAGUGCGGAGCGUCGCUCGGCGCGGCGGUUCUCGUCCGUGGCGGGCGCGCGUGCGGCGCGCGGGGCGGCGCGGUGCGCGCGCACACGCUGCGAGUGCCGCGCCGGCGCCACGCACUGCCGCCCCUGCGCCGACACGCUCAGAAUGUGGGAAUUAGCAUUCUUCAGCACAGACGACAUUGACGACUUAAUUGACAUGGCGAUGGAGCCCCCCACCAUACCGUCGCUUAGUUGAUAAUUUUUAUAUUAAUUUUGUGUAAAUAUACAUAAUAUAUAACAUUGUGUAAAAUAGCUUUGUGUAGUUGAUAAAUGUUUUUA